UGGGACGGGCCCGCACCGAGUUUCGGGGGUGUCGCGCCGCCGCUCGGCCUCGUCGGCAGGCGGGGCGGGCUGUCAGGCCGGUGUCACCCCCGGCCGAGCAGCUGCCGUCUGCCGCAGGGCCGCCGCGGGCUGAGGGCAGUAUAUAGGUCAGUGGAAGUAAUGCCCGCCUAAUCCCCUUUAUCUUUUUGGCUCGGCUUUUCCGCUGUUGGUUUUUAGGGCGACCCUUGGGCUGCGUUGGUCGCAAACUUCUGGGAGAGAGAGGAGCCAGGCUUCGCGCGGGGCUGUGUGAGCGGUCAGGUGCCGAGUGGAAAGCUGAAUGCUGCUGAAAUCUGAAGAAAGUUUAAGUCUAGAUUCUUCACCAAAUGAAAGAACUGCCAGAGCCAAUUUUUCCUUGCUGACCUGUUGACAUGCUUUAAUUGCAGAUUUGUGUGGGUACCAAAGCCCAGGACACAGUAUCAAUCUCAUCAUGAUGCUUGAACAUCUGCAGCUCACUGGAGGAUUUUAAAAAGAAAUUCAGCAUGACCUAGUUGGCUUGACCUGUGGAAAUUUUAUAAUGUCCUCUGGAACAAGUAUCAGCAGAAACAGGCAGGCUCCCAGCCUGCAGGGUGUUGACCCAGAAACAUGCAUGAUUGUGUUUAGAACACAUUGGGCACAGGUUCUGAAAAUCUUAGAGAAGCAUGAUCCUUUGAAAAAUACUCAAGCAAAAUAUGGGGCAGUCUCUCCUGAUGAGGCCAGCACUGUCCAGAAUUACGUGGAGCACAUGCUUUUCUUAUUAAUUGAGGAGCAAGCAAAGGAUGCCUCAAUGGGGCCUAUUCUGGAGUUUGUGGUCUCAGAAAACAUCAUGGAGAAGCUUUUCCUUUGGAGCCUACGGCGAGAGUUCACCGAUGAGACAAAAAUUGAGCAACUCAAAAUGUAUGAAAUGCUCGUAACCCAGUCUCACCAGCCUUUGCUGCAUCACAAGCCCAUUUUGAAGCCUUUGAUGAUGUUGCUGAGCUCCUGCUCAGGAACAACCACUCCAACAGUGGAAACAGAGUUGGUUGUCCUUUUGAACCAGCUCUGCUCUAUAAUAGCCAAAGAUCCCUCCAUUUUAGAACUGUUUUUCCACACUAGUGAGGACCAAGGAGCUGCCAAUUUCCUCAUUUUUUCCCUGCUGAUCCCCUUCAUCCAUCGAGAAGGAACAGUAGGCCAACAGGCCCGGGAUGCACUGCUUUUUAUUAUGUCUCUGUCUGCAGAAAACAACCUUGUUGCAAAUCACAUAGCAGAAAACACCUAUUUUUGCCCAGUACUAGCAACAGGACUAAGUGGCCUCUAUUCAUCUUUGCCUACAAAGCUGGAAGAAAAAGGAGAAGAAUGGCACUGUCUGAUGAAAGAUGACUGGCUUUUGUCACCAGCCCUUGUACAAUUCAUGAAUUCCCUUGAAUUUUGCAAUGCUGUGAUACAGGUGGCACAUCCCUUGAUACGCAACCAGCUUGUGAAUUACAUUUACAAUGGAUUUUUGGUGCCAGUCAUGGCUCCUGCACUCCAUAAGGUGACUGUGGAGGAAGUGAUGACUACGACUGCAUACCUGGAUCUCUUCUUGCGCAGCGUUUCGGAGCCAGCCCUCCUCAAGAUUUUCCUCCGCUUUAUCUUGCUGCACCGACACGAGAAUGUUCAUAUCCUGGAUACACUUACCAGCAGAAUCAACACACCAUUCCGGAAAAGACCUUUAAUUGGUUCAAGUUCUGUGUCACAGCUCUGUGUAGUCUCCUUGGCGUUGUUCAGAACGCUCAUUGGCUUGCAUUGUGAAGAUGUGAUGUUACAGCUAGUUUUAAGGUAUCUGAUCCCCUGCAACCACAUGAUGCUGAGCCAGCGGCGGGCUGUGAAAGAGAGAGACUGUUACUCUGUGUCUGCUGCAAAACUGCUGGCCCUGACACCUCUCUGCUGCUCCACUGGAAUCACUUUGACACUUGAAAGCCAAGGAAAAGACUAUAUUCUCUGGACAAAACCAGCACAAACUAAAGAUCCUGAUAGAUGCUCUUCUGAAUCUGUUUGCAUUGUGGAAUAUGGAAGAGCUGUGGACAUCAGCUACUUGCAGUACCUGGGGGAAGCUCAAGAAGCCAUCAUCCAGUGCAUGAAAGAUUGUAAGGUUUGGUCUGCCUUGUAUGAUGGAGUAAAUCCUGAUCCAGACACCUUUAUCCAGACGCUUGCAGAGGAGAACAGUGCGGAUGUGGAGCACCCCAUGUUUCGGCUCCAGCAAAGGACACCUAGCGUGUGUAGCUCAGCUCGAGCAACUCCAUUCAGUGAGAAGAUGCAGCUGGAGCUAGAAUGGGAUGAUAGCUAUGACACAGGGAUUUCUCCUGGUUCUAAUGUGAGCUCUCCACAACCGUAUGAUGAUCUGGGAAGCACAGAAAUGCAGCCACCUGCAGAGCCACCAAAACACAUUCAGGAAAUGAAAAAAAACGCCAUUAUGCUCAUCAAAGGCUCUUACAUAGAGGAGUCAGACUUUCAGGAUGAUGUUAUGGUUUACAGGUUAUGUGCCCAGAAGGAUACUCAAGAUGAUGACAGCUCCAAGGAGAAAGCUUUAAAUGUAGCCAGAGAACACAAGGUACAGAGCCAGACCGUAGUCAAUGGGUCUCUUGCAAAGACCCAGCUGGAAAUGGACUUGGAUGAGCACAGUAAGAGAAAUUCAAGCUCAGCUAAAGGUGUAAUGAGAGAACAAAUAAAACAGAAAAUGACUGAGAUUGAUCCACAGCCAGACUUAGAGUUAAAGAUUUCUUCUCAGGAGGCAGAUUGUAACUUAAGUGUAAAACUGCUGAGCACAGAUGGUGAGGAUUUCAUUGCACAGUAUGACAGAAUUAUUAAGGAACUGGUUCCAAACAGUGCAAGCAUGGAGGAGCAGAAGUUGGAUGCUCCUGAUCCUGUCUCUCCAGCAGAAGAAGACGAGGACUUUGAGAAUUUCUCAGCAGAUACCCCUUCUGCAGAGAGCAUAUCAUCUCCCUUUGGACCAAAGGAGGAUGUCUCUCCCAAGCACUCUCCAAGGAGCCAGAGUGCUCCGUUUACAGGACCAUUCAUCAGCGUAGUGUUGUCGAAGCUGGAGAACAUGCUGGAGAAUUCCUUGCACGUAAAUUUGCUGCUUAUUGGGAUUAUUACUCAGCUGGCAAGUUAUCCACAGCCGCUUCUCCGCUCCUUCCUGCUCAACACCAACAUGGUGUUUCAGCCUAGCGUGCGCUCGCUCUAUCAGGUGCUGGCAUCUGUGAAAAAUAAGAUUGAACAUUUUGCUUCCAUUGAAAAAGACUUCCCAGGUCUUCUCCUGGAGGCCCAACAGUACCUGCUUUUUCGUGUGGACAUGUCUGAUGCUGCGGAAGAAUUGCUCACCAAAGGUGAUGUCCAUCACAGCAGCAACCCAGGGAAAGGAAGGAGUCUUCCUGAAGCUUACCCAGCCGUACUGCAGCCUUUCCUGGGACAGAAAGGAAAGAAAGGCCUGGCUCAUCCCAGCCUUCCUGCACAUGUGAGGAACGCCGUACUUGCAGCUGCCCUUUUCCCAGAGUUCCUGAAGGAGCUGGCAGCUCUAGCCCAGGAACAUUCCAUUUUAUGUUAAAAAUUACUGGGGGAUUUUGAAGAUUAUUGUUCACGGGUUUUUAAAAUGUGUUUUGAAAAAGCUUUUGGAGUUUAAACAGAUUUUUAAUGCAAAGCUGCUUUCAGAAGAAGGUUGUACUUCAAUAUUUCCUGAAAAUACUUGAUUUGGAGGGGGAAGAAGGAGGCAAAAUAUUAUUCCAGUUAGGCCUUAUAAUUUCCCUCUGUGCUACAUAACUUAUUUGAGAUUUCUGAUACUGCUCUUACUGCAGCUUCCUUCUUCAUCCCUUCCUCGUCACACAGCCACCCUUCUUCAGUGUCACUACUUCCUGUUGGAUUUCUGCAAUAGACACUUGUUGGCUGGCUAAGAGACACAAACACGUUAGUUUUUUCUGUUCCACAAAUACUCUUCUGGAUAACUUGUUAGACAAAUUUCCUUGAAAAAACAUUGCUCCAUGGGAAAAGUUCACAGUAUAAAAAAGCAUGCAAAAUCUGCACAAAACCUGAAAAGGGGUAUGUGAAGGGCUGUGUUCCUUGAUGUCAUUGUUGUCUUUGCCUCUUCCCUUGCUUCACCCUGAAGCUGGGUUCUUACUGAUCCCCACCCAAAACCCCCAUUUUAACUACUGGCUCAGGUUUUCUGAAUUCAAGUGAUCUUAUGUGUAGCAAACCCCUGAGUAGCUGAAAGCAGGUGCUGGGCCCUACACAUACCAUAUUGCCUUAUGUUGCAGACAGAUCUGCAGCUCUCAGCUGUUGGGCUUUGAAGUCCAGUGAAGUGUGUAAGUGGAUGUGGAUUGCAGACUGCCUGGAAUUCUCCUUGCGGUUCCUCGGCAUUCCUUGAUAACUCUUGCAUUGCUACCUAAGCCUGCCAGCAUGCCUUAUUUAGUAAGAUUUGCACAAAGUACAAAACAAAAUGUUUCUAUGCAAGCUGUUAUUAGUGUCUAGUUUGUAUGCUUGUUUUAAUAAGCUAAAGAAAGAUACUCUGUAUUUUUCUGUAGUGUUAAAUGGACAGCAGGCUGUUUUUUGUCUUUGUCUUUUUUUUUUUAUUAAAUG